AUGGCGGUUGAUUCUUACCAGGAAACUCCCGCUACAGUAGAGACUGCCCUCGAAUUUGAAUUCGUCGAGACUCCUCGCAGACCGUCCGAAGUUUUACCUGAGGAAGUUUUACCAAAAGCCUCGGGAUUUGCUACCGUUGACAUUCCCGGAGCUACCAAUCACUUUGAUGCACCUCGCGCUCUACCGCGAGUUGUUGCUGCGAAGGAUCUACCAUCCACUCCUCCUUCUGAACCUAUCUCAGCCCCCGGCGUGCAAGACCGUUCAGUGCCCGUCUGUCAAUUUGUGCAAGACUUCGCUCCCUGUGGCGACCUUCCAGACGAUGUGCUUGCUAGCUUUGCAUCAACCAAGUUUGUAACCAAACUCAAGGCGGACAAGGAGACGGACAUGUAUGUUCCGUUCUGUGAGAACAUACAGACGCCACUCGACCUUAGCUGGAAGAACAGGCUGGGAGCUGGUGUUCAAGAGAAGUGCUACAGACUCGUUGCCAAGUAUACGGGACAGAACCCAGACAAUAGCAUCAACAAAGACGACGGAAAGAAGAAAUCAAACAUCAUUAUCUAUCCGGAUAGACCAGACGCCCGAAAGUGCUAUGCACACGCGGAUGGCAGCUAUCGAGGUGUCACUUCCUGGGCCUGGGCAUCUCUUGUUGUGGAAUUCAAGAAAGCUACUACCAAAUAUCUACCAUUUGGCAUUCCGAGCGAGGCGUCGCAUGAAACUGAAGCCGCCGUGCCAUUUCUGCCGUCUAACCCUCUUUCGAAGCAAGCCAGGGGUCAACUCAUCGAAUAUGCGACAAAUGUUCUGCGCUUUCAGCCCCGACAGUUCUGCUUCACUAUCGUCAUUGUUGGCUCUUACGCCCGCUUGAUACGAUGGGACAGAUGGGGCGCUAUAGUUUCCACAUCGUUCGAUUUCAUCAACGACCCAGGCCAUAUCUUGUUUAGGUUCCUAUACAAGUAUGGUUUGAUGACUCAAGCAGAGCGCGGCUAUGACCCGACGGUUGUGGAGGCCACUGAUCAAGAAAUCGAAGACAUGAACGCCUGGAAGGACACGGCCACAAGGGAGGCGCGCCUGUCCUCCUACCAUCUAGAAUUCUAUGAGACAGCAAUGGAUAGUCGCUGGCCUAUCUACAAGGUGAUUGUUCCGGAGAAGGACCUACUGUUCACAGAAUCAGACGAGGGUCCAAAUGGUUCUUUUGAUGGCAUCGACGAAGACGGUGCAUCUGCAGUGUACACUUACCUCACCGGGAAGCCCUCACACACGACGUAUUCUCCAACGGGACGAUCAACUAAAGGCAGUGUGGCCUACGACAUACGAAGAAAACGACUCGUUUUCAUGGGAGAGACUUGGCGUGUUGACUCUCCUGACAUCAAACCGGAGCACGAAGUAUAUGUCCACCUGUGGAAGCACAAAGUUCGGAACAUCGAUAGACCUCUUAGCGGAGGUGAUGUCCGUACUGGAGACCUCAAAGAUCCAAAGAACGUCCAGCGUACUCUGACGCAAAUAUACGCGCCGGUUGAGGAGGAGGCAGAGCGCCCUAUUGGCCGCAUCCACUAUCGCUUGAUUUGCGACGAAGUCUACGUGAACUUGACGCAUUAUAAACACUCUUUGAGCUUGGCAACCGCUCUACUGGAUGCUUUGAUUGCCCACAAAGACGCAUGGGAACGCGCUGGGAUCCUCCACCGGGACAUUAGUGACAACAACGUCAUGUUACAAGUGGACGCCGCGGGAAACUUGGUGUUGGGCAUUCUAAUAGACUGGGAUCUGUCCAAGCCUAAAGCAGAUUUACCCAAAGGUCCCACGCAAGUCGCUCGUUCGGGAACAUGGCAAUUCAUGUCUGCACUGCUUUUAAAGUACCCCCAGAAGCGACAUGAGCUUUCGGAUGAUAUAGAGUCCUUCGUUCACUUGCUCAACUGGCUCGUGCUUAGAUUUCACGAACACGGCCUGAGCGAUGAUCCGAAAGGUCUCAUGGACCACAUCAUCAACACAUACGAUAAAUUUCACGAUAAUAACAAGGGCGAAGACGUUGGUGGGGAGGGCAAGCUUCUUCAAAUGCAGAGCGGCUCCGUUCCAUUCAAACCUGUUGCUCAUCGACAGCUCAAGGAUUUGCUCAACAAAGUCGCUAUCAUGUGCCAAAACCACUAUAACUCGCACAGUGUCAACGAGGAGAUCGAGAAGCUCUCAGGCGUUGUUCUUGGCAGCGUACCCCAAAACGAUCAAGAACGAGCAGACGAACGCCCUAGGGAUUACUCUGCUGAUAUCUGCACGAUGCCUGCCGAAACGGCUGCCAGCCGACCUCUCGCGACAUCUCCGGAUCUGGCGAGCCACCAAGCGAUCAUCAGGAUUUUCUACGAGGCCGUCAUAACCAACAAGUCCCAAUGGGUGGACGAUAGCAGCACCAAGAAGGACCAGUUCAUCUUUGGAUCCUACGGAACGGAACAAUCCCUCAACUUGACGACCCGGAGUACGAGCAAAGGGAAGCGAAAAUCAGAGGGUUCCAUAAGUGGCGCAUCGAAGGCGAAGCGGUCCAAGACAUCGGCGGCGGUAGGUAGCAGCUCUUCAAAGCUCUAA